ACUCGCCCAGUCUCCCUCCUCCCCUCCUCUGGCCUAAGUUUACGCUGACUUCACCGGACAGGCACCUGACCCUCCCAGAUGAGGGGAGGGGCUAUGGCCCACUGCAGGGCCACCAUGGGGGUGGAGGUACAGGCACAAACAAUAUUUAAGAUGCUGACUUGGGAGAGCAUUCAGGCUUGGGAAGGAAAGCCAUAGGGUAUCCGGUACGCUCCACUUUCAGCAACUCAAACUUUGAGAAAGGCUAAGACAGGGCAAGGAAAGAAAGAGAACAGGAAGUGUGAGGCCAUCCACAGUGAGCGUGUAAGGUGUGCGCAGCUCCGCAGGCCUCCGCUAGGCCUGUCCAGAGUCCUCCAAAGGAAGAGCCAUCUCACCAGGCCCACGAAAGAUGUUGAGCAAGACUCUCACAGCUGGGACCUGGCUCUGCGUUUUCCUCGUGGCUUUUGCCAGCCACCCAGUGUGGCUGCAGAAGCCCCCUAAACACAAGACACCGGCACAGCUCAAAGCGGCCACAUGCUGUAAGGAGGUGAAGGAGCUCAAGGCCCAGGUUGCCAACCUAAGCAGUAUGCUGAGCGAACUGAGCAAGAAGCAGGAGAGCGACUGGGUCAGCGUGGUCAUGCAGGUGAUGGAGCUGGAGAGCAGCAGCAAGCGCCUGGAGUCGCGGCUCACAGAUGCUGAGAGCAAGUACUCCGAGAUGAACAGCCAGAUCGACCUCACGCAGCUCCAGGCGGCACAGACUGUCACCCAGACCUCGGCAGACGCCAUCUAUGACUGCUCCUCCCUCUACCAGAAGAACUACCACAUCUCUGGAGUGUACAAGCUUCCUCCCAAUGACUUCCUGGGCAGCCCUGAGAUGGAGGUGUUCUGUGACAUGAAGACUUCAGGUGGGGGUUGGACUGUCAUUCAGAGACGAAGGAGCGGCCUUGUCUCCUUCUACCAGGACUGGAAAAAGUACAAGCAGGGCUUUGGCAGCAUCCGUGGGGACUUCUGGCUGGGGAAUGAAAACAUCCACCGGCUCACCAGACAGCCGACACGGCUCCGUGUGGAGAUGGAGGACUGGGAUGGCGAUGCACGCUAUGCGGAGUACAGCCACUUUGUUCUGGGCAAUGAGCUCAACAGCUACCGCCUCUUCCUGGGGAACUACAGCGGCAACGUGGGCAACGACGCGCUCCUCUACCACAACAACACGGCCUUCAGCACCAAGGACAAGGACAACGACAACUGCUUGGACAAGUGCGCGCUGCUCCGCAAAGGUGGAUACUGGUACAACUGCUGCACAGACUCCAACCUCAAUGGGGUUUACUACCGUCUGGGGGAGCACAAGGAGCACCUGGACGGCAUCACCUGGUACGGCUGGCAUGGGGCCAGCUACUCCCUCAAACGGGUGGAGAUGAAAAUCCGCCCAGAAGGCUUCAAGCCCUGAAUGGAAGCUGCGGUGGAGCAGGACUGUGGACAGACUCAAGAGGAGGCUGGGAUGGCACAGCAGGCAGGAAGAGGGUAUUAAAGGGUAGGGUGGGAGGGCCUGUAAUCCCCAGCUGAGAGGAUGGCUCUUGGAGGUGGACAGCAGAAUUCUGGUUCGUGAGCUGCUGCGGCGGGCAUAAGCGCGUGAUGAGAUUGCAUGUGCCCAGGAUGUUACAGCGCACGGGAUGGAAUGCUCAAACUCAGUGGGUCCUGCCACUUCCUCCUCAGGGGCCGGACUGCGCGGGCUUUCUCUGCCCUCUCCCUGACAGACUUACCUGUAGGGAAAACUAAUCAUGAGGUCACUUUAUCCAUUUUCUCUUAGGCACAGUUUAUGUGAAUGGAAAAGACAAAUCCCUUUGCUAAAAAGAAAUAUUAUUUGAUUCUCAAAGGAGAGGCCUUGAGUAUUACAGAAAGGAGCAAAAGUGGGCACUGGAGGAGGAGAAUUUCUAUUUUUUAAGUUCAAUAAAACUGCCUUCAGUAUACACACUCGAGAAACACCACAGCUGCUGGGCUGGCGCUGAGUGCCCCAGGUGGGAUCAGCCAGGAGGACACUCAAGGCCCUGGGCCUCACCAUCGGACUCUUGGUGCUUCACUGCUCGCCUGAAUCAGGCACCACCGAAAGGCAGGACAUGGGUUUGGCGUGACAGGGAGCGCCGGCAUGAGGUGCAUUCAAUUCCUCAUGGACGCUUGUAUGAAACCACCUCAAAAUGCUCAUAGUUAAUACAGAUAUAUCUAUUUUUAUUCAUUCUGUAAGAAAUGGGCUCCAAGAGCUUCCCUUUUUAUCUUGUCUAUAAGAAAUGGCUUAAAAAUGAAGGUAGAUGGCGCCAUGGUUAACAAUUCAUGCUGUACAUAAAUAUCUUGCUUUGGUAAAAUAAAAAGUUGUAGUUUGUAUUUUAAGCAUUCAAAGU